AUGUUCAGCAGCGUGUCGGGUCGAAUCCAACACGAGCGGGACCGGGCCGAGGGCCUGGGCUCGGUCCAGCAGGCGGUCCAGUACCAGAACCAGGACUUCUGGGCCCUGAGGGAGGAGUGCCUGCAGAACGGAACCGUCUUCCUGGACCCGCUCUUCCCGGCAGAACCCGGCUCUCUGGGCUUCAAGGAGCUGGGCCCACUCAGCGCCAAGACCCGGGGCGUGGAGUGGCGCCGGCCCACGGAGCUGUCGGCGGAGCCGCGGUUCAUUGUGGGCGGAGCCACGAGGACCGACAUCUGCCAGGGGGCGCUGGGCGACUGCUGGCUGCUGGCUGCUAUCGGAUCUCUGACUCUCAACCAGCAGCUGCUUCAUCGGGUGGUUCCUCAUGGCCAGGACUUCAGCCACCUGUACGCCGGCAUCUUUCACUUCCAGUUCUGGCAGUUUGGCAAGUGGGUGGACGUGGUGAUUGACGACCGGCUGCCGGUUAAAGAUGGAGAGCUGCUGUUCGUCCAUUCAGCUGAGGGAAGCGAGUUCUGGAGCGCCCUGCUGGAAAAGGCCUACGCCAAGCUGAAUGGCUCGUAUGAGGCCUUGUCCGGCGGCAGCACCACUGAAGGUUUUGAGGACUUUACUGGAGGCGUGGCGGAGAUGUAUGAGCUGAAAAAAGCUCCCAGAGAUCUCUACCGGAUCAUCGGCAAAGCUCUGGAGAGAGGAUCGCUGCUGGGAUGCUCCAUAGAUAUCACCAGUGCCUUUGACAUGGAGGCCGUUACCUUCAAGAAGCUGGUGAAAGGCCACGCCUACUCAGUGACUGGUGUCAGACAGCUGGAGUACCGUGGGCGGCAGGAGCGUCUGAUCCGGAUCAGGAACCCCUGGGGUCAGGUGGAGUGGACCGGCGCCUGGAGCGACAGCUCCUCAGAGUGGAACGCCAUUGAUUCUGCAGAAAAGGAUGAGAUGCUGUGUAAGAUGGAGGAUGGAGAGUUCUGGAUGUCCUUCCAGGAGUUUCUGCAUCAGUUCUCACGUCUGGAGAUUUGCAACCUGACUCCAGAUGCACUGAGUCAGGAUGCCACCAGCUUCUGGACCACCGUGACGUACGAGGGCAGCUGGAGGAAAGGAAGCACAGCUGGAGGCUGCAGGAACCACCCCAACACCUUCUGGAUCAACCCUCAGUACAAGAUCACUCUUCUAGAGGAGGACGAUGACCCUGAGGAUGACCAGGCCGCCUGCAGCUUCCUGGUGGCUCUGAUGCAGAAGGACCGCCGCCAGUUCCGCCGCCACGACGAGGACAUGCACACCAUCGGCUUCGCCAUCUAUGAGAUUCCCAAGGAGUUCCGAGGUUCUGCAGGUGUCCACAUGAAGAAGGACUUCUUCCUGCGCCACUCCUCCUGCGCUCGCUCUGAAAGCUUCAUCAACCUGCGGGAGGUGAGCUCCAGGUUCCGCCUCCCGCCCGGAGAGUACCUGAUCGUCCCGUCUACGUUUGAGCCCUCAAAGGAGGCAGACUUUGUCCUCAGGGUUUUCACUGAGAAACAGUCCGAGACCGAGGACAUGGACGAUGUGUUGGUGGCCAACCUGGAUGAGGAGGAGGAAAUCUCUGAGGGUGACAUUGACGACUCCUUUAGGUCCUUGUUUGCUCAGCUGUCCGGAGAAGACAUGGAGAUCUCAGUGCGGGAGCUCAGAACCGUCCUCAACAGGGUCGUCUCCAAACACAGAGACCUGCAGACGGAUGGAUUCAGCAUGGAGUCCUGCCGGGCCAUGGUCAGCCUUAUGGACAAAGACGGCAGCGCUCGGCUCGGUCUGCUGGAGUUUCAGAUCCUUUGGAACAAGAUUAGGAAGUGGCUGGUGAGUCAGGCUGGUUCUGACCCAGACGGGUCAGGGUUAAGAACCUGCUGGGUCCAGUUUAGGUUUUCAGGAGAUUAUGUUGUGUUCCAGGGGAUCUUCAGAGAGUUUGAUCUGGAUAAGUCCGGCUGCAUGAACUCUUAUGAGAUGCGUCUGGCGCUGGAAAACGGCGGGUUCAAACUGAACAACAAGCUGUAUCAGAUGUUGAUCGCUCGAUACGCCGACAAUGAAAUCAUCGACUUCGACAACUUCACCUGCUGCCUGGUCAAACUGGAGACCAUGUUCAGAAUCUUCCAGGGCCUGGACAGAGACGGGACUGGAACUGUGGAGAUGAACCUCAUGGAGUGGCUCUUUGUGACCAUGUGUGGCUGAAACCCAGAGCGCCCCCAAGAGGACAGAUGAGAGCAAAACACCCAGACUGAGAAGAUGCUGCUGCUCCACUGAGCUACAAAAUGUCCACAAUACUACAGAGUCACUAUCAUAAUCAUAAUAAUUAUAUAAUAAUUACUGGAUAGGACAGCAAGGCCACAGUGUUGAGCCUCAGUCUGAUUUUAAGUGUAUUUAUUAUAUUAAUUAGUAUUUACCUGUUAAUUAUCAUAACCUUCACUAACAUGCAUGAAUCCACCAAGCUCAGCUUAACCUGAGAGGACUCACCUGGUCAGGUGAGACGACCAGGACGUCCAUCAGCAUUCUCUCAUUGGGUACUCAGAACUGGUUCUGGUUCUGGUUCUGGUGUUCAGCUGCAGUCAGAAGUCAUUCACUAUGAUCAGCUGCUUUCAUUUCAGAAGUUAUUUAAUAAAACGGAUUAUUUAAGAAAGUUUCAAACUCAAAUUGAGAACACACAUUCAUUCAUCCACACAUUCAUUCAUCCAUUCAUUCAUUCAUUCAUUUCUACUGACCUGCAGCUGGGCUCCACCGGGUCAUCUAACCCAGAACCGACCAACAGUCCUGCUGUUCCUGAGCUCUUCCUCCCUCCUGCUGUACCACUUUGACCUGAUAGAGGGCGCUGCAGCUCCUCAGUAUUUAUGCCUGUGAGAACCUGCUCAGGGUUUAUUGAACCCACAGCUUUAAUAAAGUGAAGCAGAUCAGCUGA